AUUAGUCAACAGUCAAAUCCCCGUUUGCGGAAUGCAAUGCUGGACUUUUAUUCUGAAUUAGAGUCCCCUCCUAUUUCCUUUGAUUUGUCAACAGUCAUCCUCAUCAUUCGUCUUGACAAGUCCAAUCUAAAAUGCCCAUGAUAUGGCCGACUAAUUCCCACCGAAAGAUCAGAGAAAGGAAAAGAAGGGAGCAUGUGACGAUGAGUUCUCACUCUUUCUUCUGGUUCUUCGUUCUCUCCGUCUCUUACCUCGCCGCCUUAACAUCCCCUGCCUUGCUAUUUCAGGGGUUCAACUGGGAAUCUUCGGAGAAGGAAGGGGGAUGGUACAAUUCGCUCAAAAACUUGGUACCGGAUUUGGCCAAUGCUGGAAUUACGCAUGUCUGGCUUCCUCCGCCAUCUCAAUCCGCUGAUCAACAUGGGUACAUGCCGGGGCGGCUCUAUGAUCUCAAUGCUUCGAGCUACGGGAAUCAGGACGAGUUGAAGCAACUUAUUGAUGCUUUCCAUCAAAAUAGGAUCAAAUGCCUCGCCGACAUAGUGAUAAACCACAGGACGGCGGCAAAACAAGACAGCCGGGGAGUAUGGUGCAUCUUUGAAGGCGGAACACCCGACAAUCGUCUUGACUGGGGGCCGUCCUUUAUUUGUCGCAAUGAUACUGAGUACUCUGAUGGCGUGGGUAAUCCUGAUACAGGGGAGGACUUCGAGCCUGCGCCCGACAUAGACCACCUCAAUCCGAGGGUGCAGAAGGAACUGUCCGACUGGAUGAACUGGUUGAAGAGCGAUAUAGGAUUUGAUGGGUGGCAAUUCAAUUUCGUGCAGGGUUACGCUCCAAACAUCACCAAAAUCUACAUGAAUCAGACUUCGCCGAAUUUCACGGUGGGAGAGAGGGAGGAGCAACUCUCUUAUGGAGAGGACGGGAAGCUCAACCCGGACCAGGAUAAACACCGCCGUGCACUGGUGGAUUGGGUCAAUGAUGCAGGCGGGGCCAUCACGGCAUUUGACUUCACCACGAGGGGGAUUCUCCAGGCGGCCGUUGAGGGGGAGCUCUGGCGGUUGAUGGAUUCAAAAGGGAUGCCCCCGGGAUUGAUUGGCCUGCAGCCAGGGAGCGCCGUGACUUUCAUCGACAAUCACAACACUGGUUCCACGCAAAAAAAAUCGCCAUUUCCGUACGAUAAGGUCAUGCAGGGAUAUGCCUACAUCCUCACCCAUCCCGGAGUCCCAUCCAUCUUCUAUGAUCACUUCUUGGGCCUGAAGGAGGAGAUCGGCAAGUUGAUUACGAUAAGGGCGCGAAACCAGAUUAACGAGAAGAGCAGCGUGAAGAUCUUGGCUUCCGAUUCUGAUUUAUACGUGGCUGAGAUCGACCAUGGAGUAAUUAUGAAGAUUGGGCCGAAGUUUGAAGUAGGAGACCUUGUUCCUCCCAAUUAUCGGAUUGCUACAUCCGGGCAAGAUUAUUGUGUGUGGGAGAAGGAGUGAUGUUCAGGCAAAACUUAAGAAAGUAACAACUGAAAGAGCAAUCAUAGGCUACAUCGUUAGAGUGAAAUAAAUAUUUACAAGCGGUCUUAUGCACCGGAUGGAAGUUCAAAUAAUUCUUUCAACAACUUCUGUUAUUUAUAUAAAGUUGGCGAUUCUCGACA